UUUGAAGCCAGCGGUUGUAAAUAGUGAAUGUCGAGUACAUACAUAAAAAUCUAAGCUCACUUUCAAAUCUCACACCAAAUUCCGUUGGCGCUGCGGAGAAAUUUGCGAAGCAAAAAAUAAAAUAAAAAAUUUUACGUGAAAAACACAGAUAAAUUUCCAACUUUGCAUAAAUCAUAAAGAAAAUAAUAAUAGUUGGUUAUAAAAUGAUUAAUGACCUAUAGUUGUGUGUUAGGUUACUAUUUGAUUGGACGAUUUGACUUGCAAAAAAUUAAAUGUGUACAUAUAAGCAUAAGUAAAUAUUCGGAAGCAUAAGCAACGUACAAUUAUUUGCAAAUUGGGUCUAACAUAAAACGAUUUGUCGGCCGUCCACAGCAGUCACUGUACGCAAUCGCGCGUGUAUCAUUCGCGAAUUGUUGUUGCAUUUGCUUUUCCCUCCCGCUUUGUAACUGUAAUUUCAUCACGAAAAAGAAAACAACGAAGUUGCAACCACACCAGCUACUACGACGAAAUCUUUUACAAAGUCAGUGAAUUGCAUUAAAAUGAUUGCUGCCACCAGAACGGAAUCGUUGCGUCUGCUUCACAUGGAAAAUCCUUUCAAAGCAAUUUUUCAAUUUGUCUGGGAUUUAUUGGUGUUUUUCUUGAAGGCGACCUUCUUUACAUUGGAGUCCAUUUAUUAUUCUUUGAUACCGGAUCGUUUCAGGAAAAUUAAGGAGAUUUCAGGACAAGUAGUAUUGAUCACUGGCGGUGGAGGUGGAGUUGGCCGGUUGUUGGCGUUGAACUUUGCUAAACUAAAUGCUCGUGUAGUAGUCUGGGACAUCAACCAAGAAGCCAUUAAAACUACUGUUGAUUUACUCGGCCGGAAUGGUUUUACCUGCAAAGGAUAUGUUGUUGAUAUUUCCGAUCGCGAGCAAGUAUAUGAACGAGCCUCACAGACCAUCAACGAAGUGGGUAAUGUCGAAAUCCUUUGCAAUAAUGCAGGUGUCGUCUGCUGUCGUCCGUUCUGGGAUCUUCCCGAUCGAGUCAUACAGAAUACUUACAACAUUAAUAUAAUUUCGCACUAUUGGACUGUAAAAGCAUUUCUACCACAUAUGAUGCAAAAUAACCUUGGCCACAUUGUUACAGUAGGAUCAGUGACUGGCAUGCUGGGCACCUACGGCUGCAGUGAUUACAGUGCCACGAAAUUCGCUUGUAUCGGUUUCCAUGAAAGCCUGCUGACCGAUUUAAAAGCACAUGGCUACGAUCGCAUUCAAAUGACUUUGAUCUGUCCAUACUACAUUAAUACCGGCAUGUUCUCCGGCGUACGACCGCGCAUGUUUCCAAUGUUGGAGCCGCAAUAUGUCGCUGAUCGUAUCAUAGAGGCAGUUCGAAAGAACGAAGUUUGGUGUGUGUUGCCCAACUCGAUUCGCAUGCUUACUCCAUUGAAAUGCCUCUUGCCUGCAAAAGUAUGCUGGGAGCUUAUGUCGAGGGUUAUUCGAGGACCAGAAUCGAUGAUGAUGUUUCAAGGACGUGGUAGAGUACCCGCCGGUUAAGCUAAUUGGAAAAUCGAUACGUACUUCCCAAAAAUUAAUCCCGGUAUCCCGCCUUUUUUAGGUUCCGAAAAUACCGGGAUUCUUGGCAGAUAGUCCCGGGAUUUUCGAGAUUUGUAAUUUGCACUGAGGCAAUAACAGAAACUCC